UGUAUUAUUGAUUUUGUGUUUUUGUGUUUGUCCUGCAUCAUCACAGUUGUCCAUCCCUCUGCGAGAUCAGGAUGACCUGGACAAGGCGAUCGACCUGCUGGACCGAAGCUCCAACAUGAAGAGCAUCAGGAUCCUGCUGCUCACUCAGGAGCACAGCAAUGCCUCCUCUCCCUCCCACCACAUGCCGUGUAAGCAGGUGAGGAUCAAGUCCUCCCAGUCCACCGGAGAUGUGAGCACAGUGUAUCAAUCCUCCGAGCCCAGGGGGCGCCACCUGUCAACUGGUUCUCAGAACACGGGGCGUAGCUCACCGCCUCCUGGUUAUGUGCCUGAACGCCAGCAGAGGAUCGCCCGCCAAGGCUCAUACACCAGCAUAAACAGCGAGGGGGAGUUCAUCCCUGAGACCAGCGAUCAGUGUGUGCUGGAUCCCUGGAGCAGUGCAGAAAACUCUGUCUCUGGAAGCUGUCAGUCUCUGGACAGUAACUCAGACAGCCCCUCAAUGAGGAAGUCUCGCAUGCACAGAGCCAAGAGUUACCCUGAUAAUCGUCAGGAGUUCUCCGGUGAGAGCAGCUUCAAGAAAAGCUCCUUCCAACCUUAAACCCUUUGAAACUUGAGAAAAUUGGCUUAAUCUCUCAUAAAAAAACAUGUUAAAAAUAUCAU